UUUGUUUCCUUGUUUGUUUUCUCUUUUCUUUUCUUUGGGCAUGGUCUCCACGGGCCUCCGGCUGAAUCCGGCGGACCGGGAGCAUGGCCUGGCGCUGCUCGGCGAGAGCAACGGCCGGCAAAAGGCCCAACGGAAGUCAGGUGGCCAAUGGGUGGGAGUGAGAGCCACCCACGGCGUCGCGAACACCGGCCGCUGGGCCUUUUGCGUGUGGAAUGAGAGUGGAGGCAAUCUCCGUGUCGGCUGGUCCUGCGCUGAGGCAUCUCUGAAGCUGGGCACUGACAAAUGGUCCUUCGGCUAUGGGGGCACGGCCACGAAAUCCCAUUCAGGCCAGUUCACCAAGUACGGCCAGACCUUUGGGCAGCGUGACGCCAUAACUUGCUGUAUAGACCUGGAUCGUCGAGCCAUUACGUACAUGAAGAAUGGCCGGGAUAUUCCAGGAGAUGCGUUCAACCUCAGCAAGGAUUUGCAUGGCUGGCCACUUUUCCCGCAUGUCUACACUAAGGAAGCCACUUUCUCGGUGUCCUUCGAUGGGCGAGGGGGUGCUCCGCCGCUGGUUGGGGGCUACGCAUGGAUUUCCACCGCGCCGAAGGGUGUCCUGGUGCCGCACCCGAAGCAGCCUCGACCUGGAGAGGGCAUGGAGGAUGUUGAUCAGUCGAAGAGCGACGGUGCCGCGGGCUUUGUGCUCACACCCUAUGGCUGGCGCACAGCGGACGAAGCUGGCGUGUCAGCGUCUGCUCAGGAGUGGCGCGGGGCUUUGGAUGCUUACGUGAAGCACUUCACCUCCCUGUUGGAGUUGGAAUAUGAGGCGGAGAAGGAAGGAGUCCUCGACAGAGUGAACAAGCGCAACCCCAACCAGCUUGUGGCUGAUGGCACGGGGAUUUGUGGCCUUGGGGCUGACUUCGAUCGAGACGCUGGGCGCAUCACGUUGUACUGGGAAUGGGGCAGCGUGCCCUACCUGAGCGAGAUCUCACGAGGCCGGACGGUGCUGAUUAGCACUGUGGAUGGCGGCGUCGACGUCGAAGAUGCGUCGAAGACCAUCUCGGGCGAGGUGGAAGCUAUUUCCAGCGACUGCAUCAUGGUGGUGACGCAGUACGAGCGCUUGCCUGCAGGACGGCGCGGUGGCCGGAAUCAUCUUUUCCGCGUCGACCUGGGCCCGAACAUUGUGGCGUACAAGCGCAUCGACAGCAUGCUGGACGAGUUGCAGCGGUGCCUGGGCACCUUCCAGGCCAAGAGGGCCAGGAACAACGUUGAGCGGUUGAACCAAAACACAAACCUGACUGGCUUGCUGCUCCCUGGCACUCCCUUUGCCAAUGCGCUCUACGCCGACAUCGCCGAAUCCGCUGCUGCGGCCUCCAAGUGGGACCCAUUGCAGCGGCCGAAGCCCAACCCAGAGGCUGACAUCAGCAAGGCCUCGCAGGAGCCUGACAUUGGCGCACAGCCGUACACCUCCAAAGGGUCGAUACCCGACGGCGGUGACAGUGUGAAGCUGAACCGUUCCCAGGAGGCGGCCAUGCGGCUGGUCUUGGAGAGGAGGCGACGAUUCAGUCUUAUUCAAGGGCCGCCAGGCACCGGGAAAACCACCACUGCGGUAUCCAUCAUUUGCGGCUGGCUGAGGACUCGCAGGGGCCCUGUCCUUGCCAGUGCCUUCAGCAACCGCGGAACUGACAACUUGGCGGAGGUGCUGCACAACCUUGGGGUUCGAGUCCUGAGGAUGGGCUUGUGCCCACAAGACCGGCCUUAUUCGUUUGAGAGCCGGCUGCGGGAAUGCGGACGAUCGCGUGGCGACGCCGGGCUCCGUCAUGUGUUGGAGACUAUUGAUGUGGUGUGUGCCACUUGCAUUGGAUGCGGCAUGGGGCCGCUUGAUCGGAUCAAGUUCCCCUUCAUCGUCAUUGACGAAGCCGCGCAAGUGAUCGAGCCUGCCGUCAUCCUUCCUCUUGGGAAGGGAGCUGUUCAAGCUGUGCUGGUGGGUGACCAGUGCCAGCUGCCUGCUACUGUGUUAUCCCAGGAGGCACAGAAAGGCGGUCUGGACAUCUCAAUGUUUGACCGACUUCUGUCCAUGGGCAUGGAGAUGCAAUUCUUGAGCGAGCAGUACCGAAUGCACCCCCAGAUUGCGUCCUUCCCCUCCUGGCGCUUCUACCGGGGCGAGCUGAAGAGCGCCGUGAAGGAGUCUGAGCGUCAGCUUCCGCGUGGCCUGGUCUUGAGCUCGCACGUGGCCCUGCUGCAUGUGGAGGCCCGGGAGCAGUCCCGCGGCUCCUCCAAGCGGAACGCAGAAGAGUCCAGCUGCGCUGCUUGGCUGGUGGAGCAGCUGAUGAGGCUGUUGGGGAGGCUGAAGGGCGAGGAGGUGGGUGUCAUCACACCCUACGCUGCUCAGGUGAAUGACAUCCGCAACGCCCUGCCUGCCGGUGCAAGGGAUGCGGUCCAGGUCUCCUCUGUGGAUGCCUUCCAGGGUUGUCAGAAGGAUUUCAUCAUCCUGAGCCUUGUUCGCGCCAACCCGCGUGGAGAUGUUGGUUUCGUUAGCGACUGGCGUCGCUUGAACGUGGCGGUGACGCGAGCGAGAAAGCUUUGCGUCAUCCUGGCCCACUUGCCAACCUGGCUGAUGGCAGAAAGCGCUUUGUUGAGGGACUGGAUCGGCUUCCACCCGAACAUUGUGGCAGAGGUAAGGUCCUUUCAGAAGCAAGGACGUACUUGCAGCCUUGGCCCAUUGCCGGUGGAAGUGGAGAAGCAGGUGACCAUGCUACGGGACGAGUUCGCACGGAACCGCCCUGCUGCAGCCAAGUUGCCGCGCAUCUCAGUGGCAGCCAGAACUGGCACCGAUGCCGCUGCGGCCAAGCGCCGGGCCCUGGAAGCAGCGCGGGCGCUGGCGGAGGCGAUCAGCCAGGCGGACGAGGCCGCGCUGGAAACAGCGCUGAACAAGGCCAACGAUGCAGGCGUUAUGAAUAGCACCGUGGAGGAGGCAGAGGAGGCGUUGAGACGCUUGGUCUCACUCCGGGAGUUGAAGGUUGCAGCCAACGGCGAUGACGACUCUGUACUGCAGGCAUCCAUCUUCUUGGCGAAGCAGUCCGGGGUGAGCGAGGCCGACAUUGCAGAGGCGGAGGCCACCUUCAACCAGCGCUUGAAGGCAGCGCUUGAGGAGCGCUUGCAGGAGGAGCGGGCUGAGCGAGCCCUGACGAUGCUCAAGGCUGCAGCGACCAGCCAGAACAUUGCAGCGCUCAAGAAGGCCUUGGAUGAAGCCCGUGCCGCGGAGGUCAACGCGGGCGACCUGCAGGCAGCAGAGGAGACGCUCACUUCGCUGUUGUUCGAGGAGCAGCUCAGGGCAGUGGCGGCCAUGAAGCAGGAGCCCUUGCCACAGCCCAAAGUGGCGUCCUCCGCGCCGGUGGCGGCGCCCGUGACGGCAGACGCAUCCUCGGUGAAGCGGGAAGCGCCAGAGGCGCCGACGGCAGAGGAGUUGGUGCGAGGCCAUGCCUUGCCGAAGGUGCCAGGGCUGAAGCGGAUGCAGCUGCGUGUGGUGGACAAGGUUGGCUGCGGCAUGAUCUUGCAGCCCACCCGCUGGGGCAUGGUGGUCGAGGAGGUGGAUUCAAAGCCGGGCCAGCCGCUCCUGAAGGUAGGGGAUGUCGUCAUGGAGGUGGACAAGCUCUCGCUGGUUGGCCUGCCACCAGACACCUGCGAGGACACCUUUGGCGCGUCUUUCCGGCACGGCGUGUGGCUCUGCGCCCUCUCCGGCUCGGAGGCAGGCGUAGAUGUGACGGACUUGGAUGCAGCGGAGUUUGCCUACGACAGGUUCAUUCUGAGGCAUGGAUUGGCCGAGGCGCAUGAUGAAGCCUGCUUGAGCUCAACCCUCUCGGAGGCCAGGGCUGCGGGCGUGGAGGCUUCAGCCCUGGCCGAGGCGGAAGCACGGCUGAGGGCCAUGACGGCCGAGCGUGAGCUUGGGGACGCCGGAGUCCUGGUGGCUGCCUUGGAGUUGGCAGGCGUGGCGCAGGAGGAAGAUGCUGCAACCUACCGCGCUGCCUACGAGGAAGCCAGGGAUGCUGGUGUCGACCGACAACGCCUGGCGGAGGCGGAGGAGAUGCUCCAGCGCCUGGACCAGCCCUCCAAGGUGGAAGCCGACGCCGCCUGGCUGAACGGCAAUUUCCCAUCCUUGGUCCUGGGAAUGCCGGACGGGAUCACGGUUGGAGACUCCGAUGCUUCUGCGCCCGUAUUUCCGCCGCUGCCACCGGUGUGCAUGGCCGUCACCGAGACGGAGGGGAAGAGGAGAAAAGCAGAGAUGCCCGGCACGGAAGUGAAGGAGGAGCCCGAGGAUGGUCCAGAUGCUUUGCGCAAAUGGUCCUUGCGCAUGAUCGAGGUCGCCCUGCUGCAAUGCCGGAAGAAGAAGGCGGCGGAGAUGGAGGACUUUGACCUUGCACACCGCCUGAAGCAGCGGGAGCCAGCAGCCACCCUGCGACUCACUGCAGCACGGAGGGCCUGCUUGGCCUGCAAAGAUGUGCCUGCCGGCGAGGCGGCUGAAGACAGAAAGCGGCAAAGAAGCCCAGAGGAGGAGGAGGAGCUUCAGUCUGUGAAGCGGCAGAAGCAAGACGCAGUGGAGGAGGAGGACUUUGCGCGCGCCAGCGAGUUGAGAAGACGCGAGCUGGAGCUUGAGCGGCGCCUCCGGGGCGAUGACGCCCGCGCCGCUGCCGCAGCCCUACAGCUCUUGAGCGAGUCCUCCCCCGAGGACCUGAUCUGCAACUUUGACCCUGGAGUUGCGGAGUGCGCCAGCGGCACGGGCCCAGAAGUUUGGGAGGCGGUGCUUGCAGACCUGCGCGCAGCCGCGCAUUGAGCGAAGGAGACGGGGCCGCCAGGCCCUGAGUCCUGAGGCACUUGUGUUUGCCCACAUGCGGAAGAGCAGUGAGUGCUGAUAAAUGUGAGGCCCGUUGCCAAAUUCGCCUUUUUGUUGAUUACUUUCCUUCCACCGAGCCGUAGGGCCUGAUAACGAACGUGCCACACGCGAACAGCAGGCAGCCACGGGC